UUUGGCAUCUGCCCUCAGCCAAAAUGGCGCUAUUUCGGAAGUUGCCGAAGCUGUAGAAGUUGCCGAAGCAGGUCCGGAAGCUGACGAGUUAGUCCGGAAGUUACCGAAAGAGAGCAGCGGGGAAGGAGGAUGGCGGAUGUCAUCGCAAGACUCCGGGAGGACGGGAUCCAAAAGCAUAUUAUACAGGAGGGCCGAGGAGAGCUCCCCGACUUCCAGAAUGGAACUAAGGCCACGUUCCACUACCGAACUCUGCACAGCAGCGAGGAGGGGACUGUGCUGGAUGACAGCCGGGUGUGCGGCAAACCCAUGGAGCUCAUCAUUGGCAAGAAGUUCAAGCUGCCCGUGUGGGAGACCAUUGUGUGCACCAUGCGUGAGGGGGAGAUCGCCCAGUUCUGCUGCGACAUCAAGCAUGUGGUCCUGUAUCCUAUGGUGGCCAAGAGUCUGCGCAACAUUGCAGCUGGCAAGGACCCCCUGGAGGGCCAGCGGCACUGCUGUGGCAUUGCCCAGAUGCAGGAGCACAGCUCUCUGGGCCAUGCCGAUCUGGACGCCCUGCAGCAGAACCCCCAGCCUCUCAUCUUUGACAUCGAGAUGCUUAAGGUGGAGAGCCCUGGCACGUACCAGCAGGACCCAUGGGCAAUGACGGAUGAGGAGAAAGCAAGGGCAGUGCCUGUCAUCCACCAGGAGGGCAACCGGUUGUACCGUGAGGGCCACGUGAAGGAGGCCGCUGCCAAAUACCAUGAUGCCAUCGCCUGCCUCAAAAACCUGCAGAUGAAGGAGCAGCCGGGGUCCCCCGACUGGAUCCAGCUGGAUCAGCAGAUCACGCCGCUGCUGCUCAACUACUGUCAGUGCAAGCUGGUGGCCCGGGAGUACUACGAGGUGCUGGAGCACUGCUCCUCCAUCCUCAACAAACAAUGUCAAGGCCUACUUCAAGCGGGGCAAGGCGCACGCGGCCGUGUGGAAUGCCCAGGAGGCCCAGGCUGACUUUGCCAAGGUGCUGGAGCUAGACCCUGCCCUGGCACCCACUGUGAGCCGUGAGCUGCGGGCCCUGGAGUCACGGAUCCAGCAGAAGGACGAGGAGGAUAAGGCCCGCUUCCGGGGCAUCUUCUCCCACUGAUGGCCCUGAUGGCCAUGCCCGCCUUACUGCUGUCAUGCCCACCUACCCACCCCUGCAAUGUCAUCCUUCUCUGUACAUAAAGGCCUUAUUUAUCUCUC